UUUAGAACCCUCGCUGCCGCAAUCCGCAUCUGGGCAUCUCUCGCCGCCCUUUUCUCCUUGUCGCGCCUCUGAUCGGCAAUGGCGGAGCAGACAGAGAAGGCGUACUUGAAGCAAUCGAAGGUCUUCCUUUGUUCGAAGAAGUCUGGGAAGGGGAAGAGGCCUGGAAAGGGUGGUAAUCGGUUCUGGAAGACCAUUGGCCUUGGGUUCAAGACUCCGAGGGAAGCCGUUGAAGGCACUUACAUUGAUAAGAAAUGCCCAUUCACCGGAAAUGUUUCAAUUAGGGGUCGCAUCUUGGCUGGGACAUGUCACAGUGCGAAGAUGUACAGGACCAUCAUUGUCCGCCGAAAUUAUCUUCACUAUGUGAAGAAAUAUCAAAGGUAUGAGAAGAGGCAUUCAAAUAUUGCUGCACACAUAUCACCAUGCUUCCGUGUGAAGGAAGGAGAUCAUGUGAUCAUCGGCCAGUGCAGGCCAUUGGCCAAGACAGUGCGGUUCAAUGUUCUGAAGGUCAUUCCAGCUGGAUCAACUGGCGGAGGGGGGAAGAAGGCUUUCACUGCAGUCUGAAGGAGUUCUUUUCUCACUUUGAGGUCUAAAAGAUCCAUGUUUUGGGUUAGACUUGCUUAGAUUCCCUUGUUCUUUGAUCAUUAUUUUCAUCAAUUGAACUAGUUUUGUUGAAGAAUUUCUAAAAGAUUGUUGAGCUUGCAAAAAGAUACUUAUCUCUCUACUUUUAAAGAGUUUAAAGUCUCUAA